UUUAUUUUUUUUUCUUUCUCUUCUUCUUCAAAGGACCUUUCUCACAUAAAGGUGUACAUAAAAGGACCUUGCUCACAAAUUUUCCAAGUAAAAAAUAAAGCAGAGGGUUAUUUUAGGCGUUCUACAAGUUAGGCACGUACUUUUCAGUCCUCCCAACCACUCCUUCAAUUCACUUAUAUAAUAGAGAUACAAGUAGAUCACAUGCAUGCAUGUACUCAUUUUCCUCAACUUUUACAAGAAGAUCGCAACUAUUCAUAGAUGGCUUUCACCAUUUUGUUAAGCGUUGCUUUAACAAUCUUCUCCAUACUUGUUUUCCGUAACAUAAACUCCCGUCCAAGCUCAAGGCUUCCACCAGGUAAUACUGGGUGGCCGAUACUCGGAGAAACCUUGAGUUACAUCCCAAAUCCGGCUAAAUUUAUAAGUGAUCGAAUGAAGAUGCACUCUCGUGACAUUUUCCAAACGUCGUUAGCAGGGGAGAAAAUGGCCAUUUUUUGUGGUGCCUCGGGUAACAAGUUCAUUCAUUCAAAUGAUUCAAAAUUCAAGAUGUGGCUUCCACGUACGGUUAUAGAUAUCCUAGGUUUAACAAACAUUGACUCUAACUCCCCACCAUGGAAACUAUUCGACGAGCAACUACAUAAGUUUCUUAGGCUCGAGUCGAUGCAACAUUACGUGCCAAUUAUGGAUACUAAGGUUCGCGAGCAUUUAGAGAUGCAUUGGAUGCCUUUUAAGGAAGUAAAAGUUCUACCACUAUCGAAAGAGUUUACUAUUUUCUUGUUUUGCCAUUUGGUUUUGAACAUCUAUGAUAGUGAUCAAGUGAAAGAAUUGGCUACGCCCUACAAUAACUUGGUCAAGGGGCUUAUGUCAGUGCCUAUAAAUCUUCCGGGUACCACAUACAACCGUGCUAUUAACGCAUCGAAAGUUGUAAGAGAAAAAUUACUAGAAUUAGUUAGAAAAAGAAAAAUGGAGGUCUUAGCAAAGAAAGAUUAUGUGAAUUUUGAUGGUCUUGAUUUCUUGGGUGGUUUGCUUAGGGCAUCAAUUGAAGGCGGUGACAUUAUAAGUGAGAUGGAGUUAGUUGGCAAGAUUAUAGCAUUCUUGUUUGCUGCUUUCCAUACUACAGGCAACACCAUUACAUUCUUAAUGGCUCAUCUUGCUGAAUAUCCUGAUGUGUACGCAAAAGUUUUACAAGAACAAUUGGAGAUUGCUCAAUCAAAAGAAAAAGGGGAGCUACUGAGUUGGAAAGAUAUUCAGAGAAUGAAGUACUCGUGGAAUGUGGUUUGUGAAACAAUGAGACUUAGACCACCUGCCCUUGGAGGGUUUAGAGAGCUUGCUACAGACGUCCAUUACGGAGGCUACACAAUUCCAAAAGGGUGGAAGGUUCACUGGUCUGCUUAUUCAACACACAUGGAUCCAAUAUAUUUUCCAGAACCAGAAAGAUUUAACCCAUCACGAUUUGAAGAGAAUCACGCUCGUGGUGUUUAUGUACCUUUUGGAUCAGGUCCUCGUAUGUGUUGUGGAAAUCAAUAUGCUCGAAUGAAGAUCCUUGUUUUUUUGCAUAAUGUAGUAAUCCGAUUUCGACUAUCAAAAGUUAACCCUAAUGAAAGGAUACUCUAUACACCAGAUCCAGUAUUCGUUGAUGGCCUCCGUAUCCGCCUUGAUUCUCAAAACGAAUAAAAAGAGUAUGCCAAGUUAUUUAACAAUGUCUUUUGAUUGAUGUAAUAUUUAAAUCAAUUAUCAAUAAUACCUCCGUUUUUUAUUCUGUACAACAAAACAAUAUUUUAUGUCUCACAAAUUAUACCUCUUUGUUGUAUAUAAUAAGAAAUGGAGGUAGUAUUUCCUAUUCUCAUAUUUCUUGCACUAGGGUUAACUCUCAAGAGAAAACAAUCCUCUCUUUUUAUAUUUGUUAUUCGAUUUUCCUUUAAUUACACGACUUUUUGUUAUUCGUA